AUGUGUCAUAAAUAGUUCGCGUUUACAGUGGGCAGUGGAUGCACGUUUAGCAAUGCGAUGAGGCCAGUGCACUUUGCAAGACUUGCGCUGCAGAGAGCCUCCGCGGAUCCCGCGACCUUUUGCUGACAAGCCGGGGGAAAAGGAGAGGGAGAGGGGGAGCCGCUCGGGAGAGACAGAGGGUACUUGCCUUGGAGACGACAGCCAGGGGUUCCUUCGCGGAGGAAAUCAUGCAGUUUGCAAUCUGGCUGGUUGGACUAAUGUGUCAUCUGUCAGCGCUCGUCCGGGACACUUUGCAACACCGAUUGCAUCCCAAACAAGAAAGCUUAAUCAAGCAGCUGUCAUCGUAUGAAAUCAUCACCCCGCUCCGCGUCAAUGACUUCGGAGAAUCAUUCCCCCAUAAGUUGCACUACAGGCGGAGACGGAGAAGUUUAAAUGACGACCUCUCGGGUUUACGGGUUCACUACAGGAUUGACGCGUUCGGGGACCGCUUUCACCUCAAUCUGACCGCAGAAUCCGGCUUCAUCGCCCCCUCGUACACAGUGACACACUUGGGAGCGGAACAGAGCAACGCCACGGACUCCCACUUCCAUGACCAGAGCGAUAUGCGCCACUGCUUCUUCCGCGGACAAGUCAACGCCAAAAGCGAGUACGCUGCGGUCUUCAGCCUGUGCACUGGCCUUAUUGGAAUAUUUACGACACAACAUGGCGAAUACUUCUUGGAGCCUCUUUUAAACGCUGUGGGGGAGGAAUAUGAUGAAGAGCACAACAAACCUCAUCUUGUCUAUCGGCACGAGAGGAAGAGGAACAUCUCGCAUACUGACAACAACACAGAGCCCUGUGCUGCCUCAGAGAACUCUAAGAGGCCGGUUGCUUUUGAGAGCCGAUGGAGUAUGGGAGAGGAGCUGGACUCUCUCAGAGCCACCAUAGAUGAUCAACACAUUUACGACAACAACUCCACCGGCACACACCCUAAAGCCCCGCGCAGACGCAAGCGCUUCCUCUCCUACCCUCGCUACGUCGAGCUGAUGGUGACGGCGGAUGCAAAAAUGGUGCGCCACCAUGGACGCAACCUAGAGCACUACAUCCUAACAAUCAUGUCAGUAGUAGCAGCAGUGUACAAGGACCCCAGCGUAGGGAACCUCAUCAACAUCAUGAUUGUCAAGCUAGUCAUGGUCCACAAUGAACAGGAAGGGCCCACAGUGAGCUUCAAUGCUGCCACGACGCUCCACAACUUCUGUGUCUGGCAGCAGAGCCAAAACUUCCCGGAUGACAGCCAUCCCUCUCACCAUGACACAGCACUCCUCAUCACCAGGGAGGACAUCUGCCGUGCAAAAGAUAAAUGUGACACGUUAGGGCUUGCAGAGCUGGGGACCAUGUGCGACCAAUACCGGAGCUGCUCCAUCAGUGAAGAAAAUGGAAUUAGUGCCUCCUUCACCAUUGCUCAUGAGCUGGGCCAUGUGUUCAACAUGCCUCAUGAUGACAACCCAAAGUGUCGAGAUGCAGGCAUGAAGCACCAGUAUCAUGUUAUGGCUCCCAUCCUCAAAUAUGACACCAAUCCCUGGUCGUGGUCCAAGUGCAGCCGCAAGUACAUCACAGAGUUUCUAGACACCGGCUAUGGGGAGUGCCUCCUUGAUGAGCCUACAGGCAGGAUGUACGAGCUGCCCACCCUCCUCCCUGGUCAAAUCUACAAUGCAAACAGACAGUGUGAACUGAUGUUUGGACCCGGUUCCCAAAUCUGCCCUUACAUGAAACAGUGCAAGAGGCUAUGGUGUACCAGCGCAGAGGGGGACCAUAAAGGAUGUCGCACACAGCACAUGCCACUGGCUGAUGGGACUGACUGUGGCAAUGGAAUGUACUGCAGACACGGGAUGUGUGUAAACAAGGAGUUGGACCUGAAGCCAGUCCAUGGGGAGUGGGGUCCCUGGGGGCCCUACAGUGUUUGCUCCAGGUCCUGUGGUGGAGGAACCCGGAGUACCGCCAGAGACUGCAACAAGCCUGAGCCCAGAAAUGGCGGGAAGUUCUGUGUUGGUCGCAGGAUGAAGUUCCGCUCUUGCAACACUGAGCCGUGUCCGCGAGGACAGAAAGAUUUCCGCGAAGAGCAGUGCUCUCACUUUGACGGCAAGCACUUCAACAUCAACGGUCUACCUCCCACCGUCCGCUGGGUCCCCAAGUACAGUGGCAUACUAAUGAAGGAUCGCUGUAAGCUCUUCUGCCGGGUCGCUGGGACUACGGCGUACUAUCAGCUGAAGGACCGCGUCACAGACGGCACGCCAUGUGGGCCAGAUACCUACGACAUCUGUGUUCAAGGCCUCUGCAGGCAAGCAGGCUGCGACCACGUUCUUAACUCGAAGGCCAGGAAUGACAAGUGCGGAGUGUGUGGCGGGGACAACUCGUCGUGUAAAACUCUGGCAGGGACCUUCAACGAUGCUCAGUAUGGUUACAACACAGUGGUGCGGAUCCCAGCUGGAGCCACCAACAUUGAUAUCAAACAGGUCAGCUACUCUGGAAAGCCAGAGGACGACAACUACCUCGCAUUAUCUGACAGCCAGUCCAGCUCACUCCUGAAUGGGAACUUUGUGGUGGCCAUGUUCAAAAGGGAAAUCACCUUCAAGGGAACCGUCAUCGACUACAGCGGCUCGGACACAGAAGUGGAGCGCAUAAACUGCACUGACCGCAUCGAGGACGAGCUCAUUCUGCAGGUCUUGUGUGUGGGAAACCUCCACAACCCAGAUGUCCGUUACUCCUUUAAUAUACCCAUCGAGGAACACAGGGAGCAGUUUGUGUGGGAUCCCUCAGGCUCCUGGCUCGAGUGCAACCACAUCUGUCAGGGUGAGCGAAGACGAAAGGUGGUAUGUGUGCGUAAGAGCGAUCACCUUGAGGUGUCGGACCAACGCUGUGAACAUUUACCUCGUCCUGUUGCCGUUGCUGAGCCCUGCAACACUGACUGUGAAGUCAGGUGGCACGUCGCUGGAAAGAGCGAAUGUUCUGCUAAGUGUGGCCCAGGCUACCGCAGUUUGGAUGUUCAGUGUAUGAAGUACAGCCUGAUGAAGAGACAGAGUGAGCGGAUGGAGGCCAGCACCUGUGGAGACGCCGCCAAACCUCAGACCAGAGAGACCUGCCAUGGGGACUGUCUGCUUAAGAGCUGGCAGUACAGUGCCUGGUCACAGUGCUCGAAGACAUGUGGACGUGGGAGCCGUAACAGAGAGUCUUACUGUAUGAACAACCUGGGUAGACGGCUGGUGGACAGGGAGUGCAACGAAUACCAGAGGGUGGUCACUGAAACCUGCAGCGACCAGCCGUGUCCGAGGUGGACCGUUAGCGAGUGGAGUGAGUGCCUGGUGACUUGUGGUAAGGGGAUGAGACACAGACAGGUGUCCUGUAGCAUGGGAGCCGGGGAGGAAAAGCUGAGCGAGCACCUCUGCAACCCAUCCAGCAAACCUCCUGCUGUGGGGAGCUGCGAGCUGCCCGACUGUGCGUCCUGGCAGGUCGGCGUCUGGGGAGCGUGUGCGGUGACCUGUGGCCACGGCUACCAGAUGAGAGCCGUUAGGUGCGUGUCAGGGGUCUACGGUGACACAGUAGACGACAGAGAGUGCAAUGCUGCAGCAAGGCCUAGAGACAGUCAGGACUGUGAGAUGCAGGCGUGUCCCUGGGCCUCUCCGGUACAAAGCACACCUCGUCCUGACGACUCCGCUCAACUCCUGACCCAGUGGAGAUAUGGCUCCUGGACUGCGUGCUCGGUGUCCUGUGGCAAGGGAAAGCGGGCGCGUUACGUCAGCUGCAGAGAUGCCCAGGGAGGAGUCGCUGACGAGUCACACUGCACCCACCUGCCCCGGCCCCCGGAGUCCUCGGCCUGCUUCAGCCCCUGUGGCCAAUGGCGUGCCGGGGAGUGGUCUCCUUGUUCAAUGACUUGUGGCGUUGGAAGAACCACCAGGCAGGUGGUCUGCUCUAACUACCACCAGCCAGUGGACCAGUCUUUCUGUGACCCGGAUGAGAAGCCUACGACGGAACAAGAGUGCACCGCUGCCCCCUGCCCCUCUAUCUACCACCGCCAGCGUAUCAACGAUCAGCCCUACGGAUAUCCCCAGGACCCCGGACGCCAUCCUGGCCACAGCAGCUGGAAUGUGCCCUCAGCAGACAACCAGUGGAGGACCGGACCCUGGGGCGCAUGUUCCAGUACCUGUGCAGGAGGUUUCCAGAGGCGAGUGGUGGUGUGCCAGGAUGCUGAUGGACGCAGCAACAGCUACUGUGAUGAGAGGGUCAAACCUGCCGAGUCCAAGGGUUGCGACUCUGGACCCUGUCCUCUGUGGAACUUUGGUGUCUGGGGAGAGUGCACACAGACCUGCGGUGGUGGAAGGAGGACUCGUCUGGUGGUUUGUCAAAGGCCCAACGGCCAGAGGCUAAACAACUACAACUGCGACAUCCUGGACAAGCCGCCCGACAUGGAGCAAUGCAACCUGCAGCCCUGCCCAGGCUCUGCCUCCUGGCACCGCCGACCAUGGAAGCCGUGUUCAGUGAGUUGUGGUCGGGGGACCAAGCAGCGGGAGAUAGCCUGUGUUUAUCAGAACCAAACCAAAAUAGAGGAGGAACACUGCGGUCAUCUGCCUCGGCCGCGGACGCAGAAGGCCUGUCGGGCGCGGGGAUGCCCCAGCUGGAAGGCCAACAGGUGGAGAGAGUGUUCUGUCACCUGUGGAGUCGGAGUUCAGAACCGAGAUGUUUACUGCAGACUAAAAGGCACUGGACAGGUCAGAGAGGAUCUAUGUGACGCUCACCAGCGUCUUGCCAUUGUCCGGCCUUGCCAAACUGCAGAAUGCACACAUUACACUUGGGUCGCUGGUGAAUGGGAAGAAUGUAAUGCGACAUGUGGAGAAGGCAUGAAAGGCAGGAAGGUGGGGUGCAUGGGCCGAGGGAUGACACCCGUCCAGGAUGAUUACUGUACGCCGUCGUCCCAGCCGCCAUCACACCAGCCCUGCAAAGGAGCUCCCUGCCACUACAUGUGGAUAACAGGGGAAUGGUCACAGUGCUCAGCCAGCUGCGGCGUGGGCUACCAGCAGCGUAUAGUCUCCUGCUCCGCGAUGCCCUCCUCUCAGGCUCGGCACCCGUAUGGUGCUGCCCCGUCCUCCUCUGACAGCACCCACUACCCCGAGCCCCACCCUCCUGGCUCCAGGCCUUGCCUCCUCAGGGACUGCCCACACACAACCUACUGGAAAGUUGGCCCAUGGAGCAAGUGUUCGCAGACCUGUGGGGCAGGAGUGAUGGAGCGCAGAGUGGAGUGUGUGACCUCCAAAGGCCAACCGUCCAAACAUUGCCGUCCUUCAGGAAGGCCUGAGUCUCAAGCUGCCUGUCAAGACAGAGAAUGCCAGUCGUUCGCUUCAUGCCGAGAGGUCCAGAUGAGACUGGGUGUGAAGAUAGAUGGGGAAUACUAUCUCAAAGUGAAGUCCCGGAUACUACAGAUUUACUGUGCUGAGAUGCAGACUGAUUUCCCCAAGGAGUAUGUGACCUUGCGCAGCGGUCAGACAGACAACUACUCUGAGGUGUAUGGGCACAGGUUGCUGAACCCCUUUGAAUGCCCGUUUAACGGCAGCCGAAGACAGGACUGCGACUGCAGGAAUGACUACUCAGCAGCUGGAUACACACUCUUCCACAAAGUUCGUCUGGACCUAAGCUCCCUGAGGAUAAUGAUCACAGACCUCCAGUUUUCCCAGACUCUUCUUGGUCGACCUGUGCCCUUUGCUACGGCGGGAGAUUGUUAUAGUGCAGCCAAGUGUCCACAGGGCCAGUUCAGCAUUAAUCUGAUUGGCACUGGUCUCAAAGUGGCUGAGGAAACCAAGUGGACAUCACAGGGCAACUAUGUUUCCAUCAAAGUUCACAGAUCUGAGGACGGAACAAGAAUCUACGGCCGCUGUGGUGGUUUCUGUGGGAAGUGCAUUCCCCAGGCUCACAACGGCCUACUCCUUCAAGUCCACUGAGGGCCAUGCAGGGACCAAACCCCUAAACUAUUCUGAAGACUAGCCCAGAAACAUGCAAUAACAGUGAUUUGUUGGACCCCGUCGUCAUCAGUAAGUGUGGUGGAGGAGCGUUUAACAGUAAUCAUCCUACUGUAACAUACCCACUUCCCACAUGGCAGCUAAAGCAUUUAAGACACUAUGUGCAGUACUGUGCAGUGCUACAAGGCCACUGUCUGGUCCUCCAUCCAAACUGCUAACUCUGAAGAAGAGGCGGCUAUAUGUGCAUGCCAACAGUGUUGCAAUCGCUAUCAAACACGUCUGUGCUUUGGAACCUACAAUGUUUUUUUUCUGACACUGCUGUGCUUUUUUUUUAGCAUCAUACAAAGGGAUACAACAUUUCAAAACACUGGGAAAGCAACUGCGUUAACAGUAGAAAAACAUAGUACUUCAAGGAAGAAAUCCUCAUCUUUAAAAAACACAUUUUCUUAUGGUUGUCCUGUAAAGUGAAGCAUAUUCUAUGAAAAAAAAAAUCUGGUAAAACACUUUUCUUUCCAGAAUUAACAUGCAAUCAAUAAGACAGUAUAACAAUUAAUAUACUGUAUGUUUGUAUUAAUCAUUGCAAUCCUCUGGUAAAAAGAAGUGCUACAAACAGACAUUGAAAUAGUAUGUGAGGGAUGGAUGUAUUAUUUUACAGUGAAACAGUCAAUUGGCUGAUAUGAAAAAUAAGUAAUACAAAAAAGUUGUAUAUUUUGAGACUAUUAAAUGAGCUACACUGCAGAUCAUCUUGGCCUUACACAAGUUUGACAUUUUGGUAUUUUCUCUCUACUUUUUUGUCUGGAGUUAGAUGAGAGGAUAUCACUCAUGUGUUGACGGAAAAUGUGAAGCUACCACCAGCAGCUGGUUAGCAUAGCUCAACACAAAAGCUGGAUACAGCUAGCCUGGCUCUGGCUGAAGUAACAAAAUCUUGGUACCAGCAGCUCUAAAGGUCAUUAAUUAACAUGUUUUGGGGUUUUAUUGGGCUGCUAAUAAAUUAUUAUGUGCAGGACCAACUUCCCAAAGUAAAUUCCUGGAGUCUUCACAUCACUAAUGGAGGGGAACAGUGAAGAAAGUGACUUCACCUUUAGUCUAGCAUCUUUACCUUUGGACUAAUAUUCCCACUAUUUCCAGUCUUUAUGCUAAGCUAAGCUAACUGGCUGCUGGCUGUAGCUUCACAUUUAACGUACAGACAUGUGAGUGACAUCAAUCUUCUCAUCUUACUCUCGGCAAGAAAGUAAAUAUGUGUAUUUUAUCAAAAUGUCAAACUUUUCCUUUGGGGCGCAAGACUUAAAGAAAGAGCAACUAACUACUGAUAUGACCUGCCUUAUGUCCAGGGUCAAGCGUUAGCCUUUAGAACAACUACAGAUCAUUUUAGUUUUUAUUGUUGUGUAUUUCUAAAGUCUGUCUGCUGUCAUCUGUUGUUAGGUAUUUCACAAAACUACUACUGCAAAUACAGUCCACUGACUGACAUAGAACUGUCACAUAGAGACAGAAAAAACACUAGUGCUGUGGGAGGAAAUAGCUGAAAUAUUUCAAUAUUUCCUGGUAUUUAAGUACAGUAUAAAAGUUUUCUGUGGCUUUUUUAAGCUAUGUGGGUUCUGUUAUUUUUACAUUGUUUUUCUUUAGUGACACACACAGUGACAAACAAGUUCUCAUCUGUUACACCAAGACACAGUAUCAGGUGUGAAGUCUCAUCUCACACCCUCCAUUGGGCCUACCGUAGGUACCUGCAACCCCUACCUCUUACAAACAUCCAUACUCUACUGAGAUAUGUGUUGUAAUAUAUUUAUGUUGACCAUAUUUAUUCUGUGAUGACUGUUGAUAUGUUCUAUGUUUUAAGGUACAAUGACUACUACCAACGGAGAAGCCAUUGUCUGUUUUUUUGUCCUUUGUCUGCUUUGCUAAAAAAAAAGUAUUAGCCUACUACUAUAUGUAGUGUUUAACCACUAACCUUAAAUGAUGAUCUUUUCAAUGGUGCUUUUGAACUACUGGAAUUACUUCUGAUCUUGAGAAGAAAUACACUGGCUUUUGGCUCUUUGGCAGAUGUAGGAUCUGCCUAUAAUGCAUGUAACAGUCCUCUCAUUAAUGUAGCUGAAAAUCUAGCUUCAAGGUUGCCAGAUAUGUCAGAUAAACGACUGCAUGAGGAAAUCUUCCCUUCAGUAAUACUUAACUCAUCAUAAAUGACUUCCACCAUGACCACUACAGCUAUCAACCUAACAUGCUGGUACUCUGAUGUUAAGCUUUAACCAAAGUUAGAACAUAGAUGCAGAUUUUUCUCUUCUCAGACAAUGCAGCUUCUUUUUGAUUUAAAGAAUGGCUGAAAAAUAAAUAAAAUAAAAAAGUCAAUGAGCAGCUAGAAAACCUUUGGCCAUCAUUUGUUUUUAUGAUGGACAAUUGUUCUAUGAGGUCUGUAUCAGAAAUUUAAAGAAUACUUGAUGCACUAUGUGCCAUACAUUUUGUAGAAAUGUAAUCCUUUUUUUUGUAAUAACCGUUAAGAUUUGUAACUUAUGAUAUAUGUGUAUUUUUAAUAUUCAUACUUGAAUUGUAAACAGUGUGCUAUAUUGAAUGGGCAUUGGCACUGAAUAGAGAGACAGUGUGCUUGUUUGCCAUGCUUUAUCCAAAGAUGUUUUAAAGAAUCAUAUGUACCCACAGUAUGUAUGUAGCCUGUGUAAAAGAAAUGAAUGAUUGAUUCUGGUGCUAUGCUUUCUAAUCGUACCUAUACUGUAUGUCUUGCUACUAACGCUGUUAAAAAUAAGUAAUAAUAAAAAAUGCUUUUCAGCUGACUCACAA